AGCAGGUAAAGCUGCCACCUGUAGCAGCAUCUCAUAUGGGCACCGGUUAGAGUCCUGGCUGCUCCACUGUGAUCCAGCUCCCUGCUAAUGUGCGCCAGCCAAGGAUCCUCCCGCACCAACCCCCAUUAGCCACACUCCUUCAGGCCUAUGUACUAUGUACUGCUCCGAGCUCUACAGACUCUCAAGGGCUGCCUGCGUCCUCGGGAUCGAGCGCCAAUCCUGGCCUUUUGCAUACGCUGGGCACCAACCAUGCGCCAGGCACUAGUCCAGGCAAGGUCACACGGAAGGUUCGGGGAAGUUCUGUGCCCGAGUCACUGCCCGGCUUCGGCUGCCCCCUGCCCGUCGGUUCGGCCUCCCCGUCCACCGCUGCGCCAGCACGGCAGCUCGCACUUGUUCCCCUGCGGGCGCGCAAGCCCGCUGCCUCCUGCGUCGCCCAGAGCAAAUGCUAGAGAGACAAAGGCCAUCGAAAUGUCGGUCCUGCUUCAACCUGCCCCGCCCCGCCGACCGCGGCCUCGCAGCGGAUCCGCACCACGAGAGGACCCCAAACAGGGUUGCCCUGCCGAGCGCCUGAAGGACCCCGUUAGGGCCCUGCGGGCUGCCUGAGGCGGUGCCUGGUCGCCGGGCGCAGUGACCGGAGGGCCAGGUGAGUCCGGACGCGGACUCUGGCUGAAGUAGCUCCCAAGUGGGCUAGAUCCCCGGAUGACCUCCAUCUUGCGAAGCCCUCAGGCUCUCCAGCUCACUCUCGCCCUGAUUAAGCCUGAUGCAGUUGCUCACCCACUGAUUCUGGAGGCUGUUCAUCAGCAGAUUCUGAACAACAAGUUCCUUAUUGUGCGAAGGAGAGAACUCCUGUGGAGAAAGGAAGACUGCCGGAGGUUUUACCAAGAGCAUGAAGGGCGCUUUUUCUACCAGCGGCUGGUGGAGUUCAUGGCCAGUGGGCCAAUUCGAGCCUACAUUCUCGCCCACAAGGAUGCCAUACAGCUCUGGAGGACGCUGAUGGGACCCACCAGAGUAUUUCGAGCACGCCACAUAGCCCCAGAUUCCAUUCGUGGGAGUUUUGGCCUCACUGACACCCGCAACACCACCCAUGGCUCAGACUCCGUAGCGUCAGCCCGCAGAGAGAUUGCAGCCUUCUUCCCUGACUUCAGUGAGCAGCGCUGGUAUGAAGAGGAGGAGCCCCGGCUGCGCCGUGGCCCCGUGCACUACAGUCCAGAGGGAGGCAUCCAUCAUGCAGCCAGGACAGAACGUCCAGGACCAGCCUGAUGGAGGCAUCAGUCCAGGAAGACCUCUGACUCAAAACGGGAGGACCAGGGGAGCCUGAGCUCCAGGUACCCUCUCUGCUGGGCACACCACCUGCCAGAGGGCCUGGCUCAUCAUUGCUCACCCUGCAGUCUGGCUCUAUCUACCUCUUCUCUAGAGCUUGUCCAAUCGCCUUGCCUAAAAAUGCAGAGAGCACUUGGGCUCUCUUCCUCAAUAAAAGUCAGUGUUCUACUGAA